AUGAAGGCACGGAAGCGUCAGAAGGUAGAGACGAAUUCAAGUGCAGCACAGAGCGAAACCGAUGACCAGAGGACGAGCAAAAAGCGCGCUUCACCAUCUGGCAGUGCAGCGAAGCCAAAGCGACGAAAGCUCGCGACGACUGCUCCUUCGAGGACGGUGGAUCCUAAUAGUCUGGAAUGGCGGAAAGUCGAUUUGCCGGACCGCAUGGAGGACGCAGAGGGACUUUUGAUGUUUGACGAGAUUGAAGAUGUUGAUGUUGUGAGGGAAGGGGAGAAGAUAACUUUCCGUACGACCAAGGCGGCUCCUAGCCAGGCGACCCACGACGAUGGCAAAGACAACGAAAACGACAACGACGAUGCGGAGUCUUGGAAUGGCUUUGGAGAUGAGCCAACAGAAGCACUUUCUAGCGUACCACCUGCAAAGGAAUCUGGUAAUGAUCAAGAGACUUCAGCGACGGCCAAGAAGAAUGCGAAGUUGAAGGCGAAGGAGAAAGCGAAAGCCAAAGAAAAGGCGAAAGCGAAAAGUUCGAAACGAACUACUGCAGACGAAGUCGACUCCAAUCCAAUGCCUUCAGCUCAUGGCGUAUUCGAAUCACUAGCAGAGGAUGCAAACGACUCUGCUGCUGAUGUCUCUGCUUGGAGGCCUCUCAAGCUCUGUCCUGACACAAUGGCAGCUUUGGCCGCACUGAAGUUCUCCAAGCCUACAGCGAUCCAGAAGUUUGUCAUUCCGGAGGUCCUCGCAGGCCACGAUGUGAUCGGCAAGGCUUCUACAGGUUCGGGCAAAACACUAGCAUUUGGCAUCCCAAUCCUUGAACGGUUCCUGGAAUCUGCAGUGGGCGCUGACGGGAAGCGUGCAAAACGCGCGCCUCUUGCGCUGAUCUUGUCGCCGACCAGAGAAUUGGCGGUCCAACUUGACCAACAUCUUACUUCACUCUGCUCGUCAGGUCUAUCCAGGCGACCAUGGAUCGCGACCUUGACAGGAGGAAUGUCGAUACAGAAGCAACAACGACAGUUGAAGGAUGCAGAUAUCGUGGUGGCCACUCCUGGACGUCUGUGGGAGAUCAUCGAAUCUGGGAGAGGGACUGCGGCAAUGCUGAAGCAGAUUGAAUUUCUUGUCAUCGAUGAGGCAGAUCGACUACUCAGUGAAGGCCAGUUCAAGGAAGUUGAGGAGAUUCUGAACUCGCUCGAUCGUGUGGACGAUGCCGAAGGGGCGGAGGAGGGUGAUGAAACCCGUCAGACACUGGUCUUCUCCGCAACCUUUGACCGGGCUCUCCAAAAGAAGCUGGUGGGCAAAGUGAACCGCCAGAGCGCUCUGAUGGGCAGCAAAGAAUCGAUGGAGUACCUGCUUGGGAAGCUCAACUUUCGCGAGGAGGAGCCCAAGUUCAUCGAUGCGAAUCCCGUGAAUCAGCUCGCAUCAGGUCUUCGCGAAGGUUUGAUCGAAUGCUCUGGAACUGAGAAAGACCUCUACCUCUACGCUCUGCUGCUGCAUGAAACACCCACAAGAGCGAUGGUGUUCACCAACUCCAUCAGUGCGGUUCGGCGCAUCACGCCUUUACUGCAGUACCUUAACAUCAACGCCAUGGCGCUGCAUUCUGGCAUGCCCCAAAAGGCUCGCUUGAGGUCUAUUGAGCGUUUCAGUCAGAAGCACGGAAGCGGGAAGGGCCAGCGCAGUGUAUUGAUCGCUACCGACGUGGCUGCGCGCGGUCUGGACAUUAAAGGUGUGGAUCUCGUGGUGCACUACCACCUUCCUAGAGCUGCCGAUACAUACGUGCAUCGCUCAGGCCGCACAGCUCGUGCAGGACAGAAGGGCGCCUCGAUUUUGAUCUGUGGCCCGGAAGAAGUUGCAGGUGUUCGCAGGCUGGUGGCCAAAGUGCACGCUCAUUCCGCUGCAACCAAGGAAAAUGGGACUGCGGCCAAGCAGGGACACUACAUCCAAACCAUCGACAUUGAUCGACGCUUGGUAUCCCGUGUGCGGCCGCGGGCGGCACUUGCGAAGAAACUUGCCGACGCCACCAUCGCCAAGGAGAAACAGCACAAAGAGGACGACUUCAUGCGUAGUGCGGCGGAAGAGCUUGGUGUCGACUACGAUAGUGAGGAGUUUGAGAAGGAGGCUACCGGCAAGCGUGGCCGCGGUAAUGGGAGGAAGAAGAAAGAACGCGAAUCGCGGGAUCUCACCAAAGGCGAGCUCGGAGCCAUGAAGGCAGAGCUGAAAGCCCUUCUGAAAGAGCGCAUCAAUACUGGCGUGAGCGAGAAAUAUUUGACGUCCGGGCGUGUCGACAUUGACGAGCUGCUGCGGCAACAGGAUGAAGGCACGGCAAACACUGGCGGCUUCUUGGGCAAUGUUGAAUCUCUGCUCGUGGCGGAGGAGCAGAAGAAGGAUUAG